AUGUCGGACAGCGAUACGGAUCCCGAGGAAGAGCUCUUCCAUUUGGCUACCGAGCAUGUGGCUAGGCAAUCAGCCAACAUUGCCUCUGCGGAUCUCCUGCUCUUCUACGGAUACUAUAAACAGUCCAUGGAGGGUCCCUGCGAAGAGCCGAGUCCCGGACUGCUCCAACUAAAGGCUAGGAGCAAGUGGCAAGCAUGGCGGAAUCUUGACAAGAUGUCCCCCGCCGCUGCAAGGCAGGCCUACAUCCAGAAACUCCAGGAGCUGCAUCCCAACUGGCGUUCCCGGCGUAAUCCAGGCUGGGUGGUGCACUCCAUUGAAUCCGCACCAUUAGAGGAUCAGCGUUUGGACAGUGAAAAGACACUCUUCGAUCAUGUGAAGGAGAACAAUCUGGACAGGCUAAGGGAACUGCUGGCACCCGGGGACCUCGCAGAGCUGGAUGAGCAUGGCAUGGCCCUCAUCCACUGGGCAACCGAUCGCAAUGCCGUUGAGAUCAUCCAGUUUCUGGUGAGGAGUGGCGCCAGUGUCGAUCAGCGGGAUGCGGACCAGCAGACACCCCUGCACUACGCCGCCAGUUGUGGUCACUUGGAGGCGCUGCGGUGCCUUUUGGAGCUGCGGGCAAAUCUGGAGCUUUGCGAUUCGGAUGGACAGACAUGCUACGACGUGGCCGACGAUGAACAGAUCUGCCAGGUGCUUCAAGCUGAGAGAGACCGUCUCACUGGAUCCGCUUCCUAACGUUGAACGCUAAUAAAUCUUAAGUUGUUAGGUGCUCUUUUGCUUUGAAACCAUGUAAAGUGUUGUGAACCAUUGUAAAUCACCGAUAAAUCAUCAGUAAUCUGGAUUUGAAAACAUUGCUAUUUUCACGCGGUGUUUCAUAUCAAUAUCUACGCUUUGAAACAUUUUGUUAAAUUGCCCUUGGAACCAUAAUAAACCUACAUCAUAGAAUGUAAACUAUUCAAAAUA